AUGGAUAUUGAAUUUUCUGAGCGCCAGAAGCGGCAUGCUGGGCGGCCUCGGUCGCAGAUACAAUCUAUCGAGCGUCGUUCUAGCAAGCAGCCGACCUCGCCUAUUAAGGGUGGAAAGACAUUGCGGGAAGGAUCCAAAAGCAAGACUAUUCGAGCGGUGACACCAGAGUCUCCCACAGAACCUUUGACAGCUCGAGGUGCUCGUGAGGCUAUCUUGACAGCGUCACCUUCUUCCAUGGGCCGGGAAGCUUUGAACGCCUCAAGUUGUGAUCAAUCUGCCUCCGUUUCCAGUGCGCCUCAAGACACUGCCGUAAGGGUUAAGCCGCACAAGCAAAAAUCAAACAGAAAAGCAUCGGAAGACGCCUCGUUGUCUGCAUCACCUACUUCGUUGUUGUCAAAAACUCGCGUUCGCAUAAAUUCCAUUACCACAAGUAAUCCCUUCUUCACCAGAUCUUCUGAAGACUCGUCUCAUUCGAUAGGGUUUCCUUCGGUUGUACCACCGCCAACUUUCUCGCAAUCAGAAGUGAAGUCACAUCAAGUUGGCAGAAAAUUACAGCGUCUGGUGAAACCGGCACCGUCGGCUGCCUUGGGGGGUGGUGCAUAUUAUCCUGAAGGGAUGGACCUCCGGUCGCCGCCUAUGAACAGUGAUUCUGAUACUAUACUGGACUUGAUGAAGACAACGUUCGGUCGAAUGCAUGGUCUCUUAUACUUUCGCCCCGCAAACGCCCGGAACUGGGCUUCGGGAUACUGCGCGAUCAAUGUUACAUACGGGAGCUUAGUCUAUCAAGCGAAGGGCGAACCACCGCUCGCUAAAACUCUUAUACCUGAUCUGCGUGGCUGCAGGGUCAGAUCAUUGUAUGAUCCUGAAGAUGAGUGCAACUAUCUUAGUGUAUCCACUGCAUCGUCUGGUCUGAGGGUGCAUCUGAGACCACCCGUGCCGGAGACAUUUGAUUCCUGGCUUGCAGCGCUGCUAUGCUGGCAACCUAUCAGACCCAAAGGCGUCCAGAAUAAAAUGACCAAACCACAGUCCAUCUCGAUCAUUGAGCGCCAUACGACAGACAAAAGGCGGGCUUCGGAGGCCUCAAUCUCUAGAAGCCCUGCCAUUAUCAAGGUCGGCAGAAUGCUUCUUUGGGAAGGCAGCAUGGAUACAGAUGCGUCGCAUCCUACUACAUCAAGGCGAAUCUCGACGUACAAGCAGCUUAGGGCCAUCUCAAAUUCGUGGCAACGGAUCAGCUGUACUCUUCUGGACAAUGGCCAUUUCAAGCUGCUGACUGAGUCGGAUGCUCAAUUGAUCUCAGCCAUCCACCUCUCGUCACUGUCUCGAUACGCGAUACAACAGCUCAAUGCGUCUGUACUGGAGGACGAAUACUGCCUUGCUAUCUACCCCCAAUACAUAGCACACCCUAACGAGGAGAUUCAGGCCAAACCCAUUUAUCUGUCUCUAGAAUCGCGUGUGCUGUUCGAAGUCUGGUUUGUAUUGCUGCGUGCCUUUACAGUACCCGAACUUUAUGGACCGGAGCAGCCGAUCUCAGACCUAUCAUCCGCGCAAAGAGAGCCUAUCUCAAAUGCAGGUUCAAGUUUGUGCGCAGGACUCUUUCGAGUAGAGCGUUCCUUGUCAGUCAAGAUCACAGAAGCUAAGCUUACUUCUCGAGCUCCUCACGAAAACUCCGCCCAUCUAGAAGCCAGCUUGACUGCACAAGGGGCGCAAGGAGGGUUCUAUGCGGAAGUUGUGCUUGAUGGUCAACCCAGAGGGCGAACAUCUGCAAAACCACAGAGCUCUAUGUUUUGGGCUGAAGACUUUCUGUUUGAGGAUUUACCACCGGUCCUAUCAAGUGCAGUGGUCCUCCUUAAAGUUCGGAGGGCAGAUGAGAAAGAAUGGACGACUGUUACCACCGGCUUAUACACUUUGUCCCCUGCUGAUAACAACCAAACGUCAACUAACAACGAAAUCUCGGUCUCAUCCCAUGAUACCAUAAUUGGGAAAAUAGAGCUCCAGCUUGACGACAUGGAACAAGGGGUCGAGAUCGACCAGCGUUGGCAGGUGGUCGACAGCGAUAGUUCGCCCAUAGGGUACGCCCUCAUGAAACUACGACUCACUGAAACAAUCGUUCUGAUGAAGGAGGACUAUUCACCACUCCUCGAUCUUCUACGUAGCUUCUCCAAUGGGCUUACUGUCACAGUAGCCAAAGCAAUUCCCUCAGAGCUGAGAUUAAUUUCUGAGACCUUUCUAGACAUCUUUCAAGUAUGCGGAAAUGCCAGUGAAUGGCUGAUGACUCUCGUGGAAGAUGAGAUUGAUGGUGUUCACCAGGAAGCUUCGAUGCAGAGGCUCAGGUAUAACAGCAGAAUCCAUUCGAAUGAUUCUUAUGAAUCAGCAGAAGAAAGGGAGCUUAUGGUGCGGGACCUUGGUCGGUCGGCCACACUCGAAGCGAACCUACUGUUCAGAGGGAACACGCUCCUAACCAAAGCCUUAGACGCGCACAUGAGACGCUUGGGCAAAGAAUAUCUUGAAGAAACCAUUGGAGAGGCGCUACGCGACAUCGAUGAAAGUGAUCCCGAUUGCGAGGUUGAUCCUAGUAAGGUCAAAGCGCCGCAAGCUCUUGAUAGGAACCGGAGCAAUCUUAUCACCCUGACGAUGAAUAUUUGGGCAGCAAUAUCUGCUUCCGCAGUGCGCUGUCCGACAGAGCUGAGGCAACUAUUCCGGCACAUUAAAUCAUGUGCUGAAACUCGUUACGGUGACUUCCUUCGAACUGUCGCAUAUAGCAGUGUGUCUGGUUUUCUCUUUCUGCGCUUUUUCUGCCCAGCGAUCUUGAACCCAAGGCUCUUUGGCUUGCUCAAAGAGAAUCCCCGACCACGAGCACAACGGACGUUGACUUUGAUUGCCAAAUCGUUGCAAGGCCUUGCCAACAUGUCAACAUUUGGCGCCAAAGAACCAUGGAUGGAGCCUAUGAAUACCUUCCUACAGACAUCACGCCCAGAGUUCAAGGCCUUCGUGGACAGAAUCUGCUCCGUUCCAUCAGAACGACCAAGUCAAGCAGUAUCAGCGUCAUAUGCCACUCCGAUCCAAAUUCUCGGAAGGCUCCCGCAAACCUCGCGUGAAGGGUUCCCAAGCCUUCCUUUCCUGAUCGAUUCAGCCAAAAGCUUUGCAAGCUUGAUUCCUCUAUGGCUGCAGAAGCGCCCGGAUAAUCUCGAUGCGAAAAUGGAGAAAGACCACCCUUUACGAGAGUUUCAUGAGCUCUGUGUUCAAAUUCAGCGGCGAACAAAGGAUUGUUUGAGUAAGGCAGAGCCAGCUGAGCGGCCCAGUGGAGGUCUGGAGCUUGAAUGGCAGCGAUUACUGGUGGACCGAGAGAGAUAUGGUACAUUCGAGGACGACCUGGUCAGUCCGACCUUUCUGCCUGCUAGUGAUGUAGUAUCUGGAAGUUCGCGGACGGAUUCUGCAAGCAGGCGCACAUCAACCAGCCUCUUCAUGAGGCCUCUAACGCCACCAUUUGUGCCUCGGGCCAACCACGAGUGGGAACCUGACAGACCACGGGGCCCAACCUCGGUCUUAGCAGAGCAUACCAGGCCUGCAUACUCUUGUACGCGGACAGGGGAAUCCCGAAAGAGCGCUUCGAGCUCCAAGAACUCGUCAAGCUUAUCACUGGAGACUGCUGAGAGCUCUCGGCUGCGGUCAAAUACGGGCAACCGAGAUGGCUCCUCCAAGAAUCGAUUCAAGGAUUUUGUGAGUGCGUCCGCGCGGCGCCGAAUGCGGGAAGGAGUGCAUCCCCCGCGCUCCGAAGAGCGAAGUGAAUUUUAA